AUGGGUGCUUAUGAGCAGGAUUUAUGCACAUCCAUUAAUAUCAAACCAGCCCAUUUGUUGAACUCAUCUUCUAACAGAGAUUCAAGUGCCAUGGCAGUGAGCUCAAGAAAGAGAUGGGACCAGAGUUUUGGUUCCAAGUGCAGAGGGUUGAUUGAGCUGUUUGUCUCCAAAGAUGUCUCUGAUGACCAACAAUUGAUUGAUUAUGUCACAGCCCAAUGCAACAUUUCACAGGAGCAAGACACCCUGCUUGGUGUUGGCUGCAAUACAAGCUUCCUUCAGCCGCCUGUUGUUUCCCCAGUGGAUCAUGAUUCGAAUGUGGCAUACAAUAUAUCAGUUGAUCGAAUCCUUCUCUGCAGCACGUCUCCAAUGAAUGUCCUGCAACGUGUCACUUACAACUCAGAGAACGGCAUGAAGAAUGUCCUUGUUCUUGUGAGAAUUGAUAAUGCCCUUGUAUUUGAUAGAGAUAAAGGAUGGGAUUCAUUGCUUAGUACCAACAGAUGGCAAGACCCUCGAGGUCGAUGA